GGUUGCGGAAGUCACACUGUUGAUUCAACUCUGUUAAGCUCUCAUUGCUGUGCUGGGCCACCACAAGUGUCGCAAAACGCCAGCCGCCAAGAAAUCUGUUGCUUCGUCUAGUUUCUUUCUUCACACCACCUUGACGUUCACUGCCGCAGGUAUCAUAGAUAUUCACCAAUCCUUGCCAUCGAUUGCACAUAGAUUCUCAUUGUAUAGUCGCAUAGAACUCAAAUUCGCACAAACUAUUUGUUCUCCUUUCCGCACUCGCUUUUCUGUUUUUCUGGACAUACUUAACAGAACAGCAUCCUUAAAUUCUCAAACGACGGUUACGCCUCUCUUGUCCAAACGUAGUCAACUGCGCAAAGACUGCUUUCAUCGUCUCUCAUUUACUUAUCCCUUCACGGUUUCAUCUUUCGUUUCGAGUUUUUUUUUUUUUCACGCGGCUGCUUCCGUUGUUUUGACGCCGAGCAUGUUGGUCGUUGCUCACGUAUUUUAUUUGCUAACGGUUUAGUCUUGGCUUUCCUCGUUUACACCUCUUCCUCCCUUCCUUCUUUUGUUUUCUGUUUGAGGUAAAUCCUUUGAAGCCUUUUCUAUUUGAUUUCUCUCAUCCUUCGUUUUCACUGGUCCCAUCCUUUGUUGCCCACUGCAGCUGUGCGGGAAGAAACGAACGACGAUGGAUCGCCGUGAGGAUGAUGGCCCAUUCACGCGUCGGCGAACGUUUACGAUUGGACCUGCUCCUCAGCGCACAACAACGUGCUCCGCGGCACGUGAGUAUCCCUCAGAAGGUCAUGGUGCCCUACCUUUGCACAAGGGCUUUGCACGUACGGUCAGCGCACCAGCCUUCACGCGACGUGCAGUGGAGCCUUGUGCACCGUCUGCGCGUCAGAAUAGUUUUUCUUCACAAGUCAGAAAUACUGCCUUGGAAGUUCACCUUCCUCUCUCACCUCUACGUCCCAAUCGCACGUCGCGCACGUCUCCCGAGAGACCUCUUGUGCGUCGCCCCGUCUCGUCCGCUGUGACCAUGCGGGGUGGACGCCUCCCUCCCCCCGCAGGUGCUACGCAUUCUGUUUCUCCUGAUCCACGCGAACCGUGCGAUGCCCCGUCGUUGAUGAGCUUCCCAAAUGUCAGUCCUAUUCCUUCACUUUCUUGGAGCGGCAGCGCCGCAGCUGCAAAGGACUUGUCACUUCGCCCGCAAGCCGCUGUGCCGGUGGUGCCGUCUAUCGCGUCCUCUAUUCACAGUGGCGGUCUCGGUGCGUGGAAUGACGCCUCCAUCAGUCCGCGCUGGUACCCCGCCUGGGCGUCGCCGUGGCAUCACUGCCACCAGGAAACGGCCGUGGCGGCUUCCGUCGCUCCUCCUGUUCUCCCACCGUCGGAGCCAUCGGGCAGCUCUCCGCACUCCGUGCCAUCCUCUUUACCGUCGCCAGAAGAGAAGAGGCGUCGUCGCGCCACGAGCGAGAGGCGGGGUACUGUAGCUUCGACCUCGACGCCGUGCCAAACCCCUGCAACUCGUCGCGGGGCGGCAGACAACACAUCUUCAAACGGCCCUGACACGCUUGCGCGGACGAUGCCGCCCGCUGAAAGGAAAGCGCUGCCGAGCACGGCGGGCGACGUGGCGGAUAAGAAGUGUUCUUCUUCAUGGGUGUAUAUUCGAGUUGAGGGCUGCUCAGGGCUUCCAAGGGCACCGUUUGGUGUCGAAUGGAAAGAUGGGGAGAAACUGAGCGAGCCAAGCAAAGCGAGUGGAAACGAGGUGUACGUGUACAUGCGCUCCAACCACAGUCCAAAGCGCUACAAGUCCGCCUCCGUCUCGUACGCGACGACGGCCCUGUUCCCGCAGAGCUCAAACAGUUUUGUUCUACCUCUACGGGUGGUGCAUCCAAGCGGCACGGGUCACACGGAAGAGGACACCCUGACGUUCACUGUUGCAGUCAAGCUUUCCACGGGAAGGCAGGUGAAACUGGGCGUUGGGCAGCUAGCUCUCUGCAAUUUGCUCUACGGCGCGCCAACCAGCGUGCCGAUGCUGAUUGUGGCCAAGGCAGGCACCGCACGUGCACGGGAGCGGGGAGUACUGCAGCUUGUGGUCGAGGCAGCAGCGCCGAGUCGUGGGGUGUCACCCAACGCACGCUUCCUGUCGGAUGAGGCGGUGGUGCGGGAUCGCAUCUUGACUGUGAUGCGGCGGGAAUGCAGGGAAAAGCUGCAUCAGGUGGAGGUGUACGUGCGCUGCCACUGCACUGACUCCGCGGCGGAGCUGCAGCGCUUGUUGCGUAGUCUGGCGGCGGACCCCGUGCACGCAAACACACGCGUGCAACCGCCCAAUAAUGUAAAAGAGAAGUCUGAGAAUGAGGAGAAAGUGCAAUCAGGGAAACGGAAGACGCGCCUAUCAACGACGCGGUCGUCGUCGUCUUCAUCACACAUCGGCGACGAUGGUAGCAGCUCGUUGCCUGCCAAACCCCGCGAGCGAGCGGAGCGGCGUGCGCCGCAGCGAAGUUUCUCGUACACAGCCACUACAAGCGCACCAAACGAAAAGCGAAGAACGACAGCGGCUGCACUGUUGCGGGUUGCAGGGAGUCCUGUGGAACCGCACUAUCCAGCAAAACAAGAGGCAGCUAUGAUGAAACGCCCAUGUCCUGUCUUGCCUCCUUCCACGGGCUCAGAGGUGCAUAUGGUGGACGCUAUUUAUCAGCGGUCGCGUUCCGCGCCGUUCUCUUCGAUAGUAACACGAGCGUCACCUGCGCAUCCAGCAAUGAGGAAACACGUGCGUGUCCUGGUGCAGCGCGUGUACGGCUUGCGCGAUGAGGAUGGCCUACCGCUUUUCGAAUGCGGCAGUUGCUUCGUUCACGUUUCUGUGCUAGGAAGCACCACGUCUGGUCCCUCAAACGUCUGCGUUACAGGGCAGCAACCAACGACGGAAUGGACGACGGACAGUGCCGUAUAUGAAGGUGACGAAGCGUUGUUCCCUGCAAAUCAUGCGUUGCUCCGGGUAUCGUCAGCAUUGCCGUGCUCCGUGCUGUGCUGCUCCGUCUACCACGGCACCACAGAAGUCCACCAAAAGAUUGGGUCCUGUGAGGUCUCCUUGAAGCAUCCGUCUAGUUUCUCAUCUGUGGAGGAGAAGGACUGUGUGCUGGUCCGACAUGCCGGCAGCCCACAAGCGCACAUGUGCGGACACCUUCGCCUUUCUGUGACAGCGGCACAUUGGGAAGCCGACCUAUCACUGCGGAACAACCAUAUCGAUGACAAGAUUAUGCGCGCUGAUACACUGCAGAAGCGAACGCUGUCGUAUUUGUGGCACCACUGCCGUGCCGAGCUCCACCGCCUCGACAGCGUACUCGCAGACGCAUCAGCAGUCGGGUUUGACGCCGCCGUCGCCAAGUAUGUACCACUCCCACUCACCGAACGUAAAGGCCCAUCGGUGGAUUUUACGCCACGCAACUCUGUCCGUGUUGUGCUUCGCGCUGUCACGCUGAUGGACCGCUCUGUCGCCAGCAACGACGGUUUCGCAUCGUUCAACUCGGCGCUAGCAACGCCGAACGUCACUCGUGUGUUUUUCGGGUGGAGUUGUGGCUGCUACGGAGGGCGGUCGAGGACGCGGCCUCUCGAUGCCUCCGCCGGCACCCUGCGUUUCAGUGAAUCGCUUCCUGUCAUGGACGACGUGGAUCCGUGGCGUGACGAGCUGUGCUUUGUGUUAUACGGCACCCGGUGCAACGGGGAGGAUGACGUGUGCGAGUUGUGUCGCGUGCACGUGUCACUACGCAGCUUCUGCGUUUGUCAACGUGGCAGUGGUGGGGAGAAGGUGCAGCUGCCGCUUGUCUGGCACGCUCGUGAGCGCGGCGCCUUCGAGCGCGGCCAUUUGAGGGUCGAUGUCGUAGUAACGGAGUCUUCACCGUGCACCCAUUCAAUUGCGGACGCCUCCUCUUCGUCGUGUGUGUUUCGCCGAAGCCAGUGGGCUGGCUUUCGCGCAGACUGGCCACCGCGGGAAGCUGUGAGGCUGCUGUUGCGCUGCUACGCCACCGACCAACUCCACCGCCUCCUUCCCCUUCUCGCCGACGCGGAAGGAAGGGAGGAGGUGCUAUUGACACGUCUCCAAUCAACUUACGGUCCCGCACGUGCGCCGGUGCAGCUCCGAGUGUGCCUCUGCGGCUUCCGCUGUCUUCACACAAAAUACCGAACGUGCCACCUGAAGCUGUAUCGCGGUAAAGACUGUCUGCUGCGCACGCCGACCAUCGUGUGCGGGGCCACGGCGGCGAGUGGCCACAAUCCAAUAUGGCAUGCUUGCAGAGAUGGGAACAGGAAUGACGUGGUGCCGCUGCUAGACGAGGAUAAGUACCUCGUGCACUUCUCCACCACGACGCCUCACCAAGACACCCUCCUUCUCCACAUGAGUGUGGAGCACCUGCUGCGGAAGAGCGAUGUCGUUGCGUACGCCGAGGUGGCCGUUGGCGCUUUUGUCAGCCUGGAGAGUCGAUUGGAGGAGUCCAUGCAGAAGCUUCCCGGUGCAACGGCGGCUUUGCGCGCUCCUUUGUGGGUGCCGCUAUGCAGUGAGGAAAACGAAGCCGUUGCAGAGGUGGCGCUGCGGGUGGAGUGGGUGCAUACGGCACCGCUGACUCCUGUUCGCCGUGUCACGACACAAAAGAAGAGCGCCGUGACGGCCGUCCUGCGCACCAGCAGCGGGGGUGGUGGUGCGGGCAACGAGGUCGUCCCCCUCGUUGACGCCCCCACCUCUCGAGAUUUGUGGUCACUGCUGCGUUCCUACCUCCCAGAGGAACUGUGUCGGUGGUCGUGGCACCUGUCGCGGUGGGCGGACGCGACGACAGCGCAUCGAAAACUGCGGCGUGAGCUCCUCUCGCCGCGGGCGGUCUCGACGGUUUACGUCGAUCUCGCCGGCAUUUCACUGCGCACCUCCGCGGCAAGUCGGUUACGCCUGGGGACAUUAACGCGGGGCGAGCUGGCGGUGUCGGCGUUCUGUCUUGGCUGUGCCUCCCCCUGUCCAGCGCACUGUCGCGUUCUGCACAGCGACGCCGCCCGCGCCACCGUGCAGGCCGCUGCCGUGCUACACGCCAUCGACCGCGGAGCUGAUUCCGUCUUGGCUGCUUUACCGACGCUACGCCUGGACGUGCGACUUCCGACUUCCCACAGCGACGGUGAGGAUUUCUGCCUUGUCUUUUCUACUGCCCUUCGCAACCCUAUCCUGUCAGCAGAGCGGACGCGGGCUUUCUCUGCGCCAAAGUGGGGCCGUCGCGGGAACUCCGCGCCACAUUUUCGUCCGCCCCGCGCACGCAGUGCUGUCGCGUCGGUGCACACCGCCUACGGUGGAGGCACUGUCCGUCAGCAGCGUGGCACUUCAGUCGUCCCGUUUCGCCAAGCACCGUCACCGGUCGAAAGGAAGGAGGCUGGACGCGCGUACCUCUCUCUUCGCGCGCUGCUGACGACCCCCGAGUUGUACCGUGAAGGAGAGGUGGUGACGAUCCCAGUGGUGGCGCUGCACGGCGGUGGCGGAACAGCUGCGCGCAAACGCAGCACAUCCACAGCAGUGCUGGGUGACGUGUACGUGCGUGUGCGUACGCCGACCCACGAAUCGACGCCGGACUGGCUGAGGUACACCGAAGAUGAAGUUCGAUGCAUUUGCCAGAAUGGCGGUCGGUCACGAAAAGAGUUGCGUUCGAUGCUGCAUCAGCAACAGUUGCACGUGGAGUUUGCCGCGGAUGCGCGAGCGGAAGAUGUGGCGGAAGUGCAUGCUGCUUUUUUUCGCAAGAGGGCAGCUCCACCAGCCGAAUUGAUGACCAAAAAUUGCUCAAGUCUAUCGCACGAAGUGCCUGCGCCAUUGCCACCGACAUCGGUGGCGACGCCAAAGUUGGCGCGUCCGCCGUUUGUACCUCAUCAAGCCCUGACGUGUCCACCCGCUACAACUUCCGCGAGAAAGUGCAACGAGUUGUUCACGAUACAUGAGGUUUUCCCUCGCGUCAGCGAGCAGACUUCCGAGCUGGACGACCUCACAACACCGCAGCGCCACAAGUCGGACAGCUCUCUGCAUGCGUGGACAUUGGAGAAUGGCGGCAUCACCGUCGAGCAAAGCAGCGGAAGCAGCCGCCCAACACCCUCACUGAGGAUGGUGUCGGCGCACGAGAUCCACCCGAGCACGAAGCGCGCGCUCAUCUUCUAA